AUGGUGCAUGGCAGCUGCAAGGAGGAGCCGCUCUUGUCGACCCCGCAGCGCAGCCUGAGCUUCUCCUCCUGCCAGGGCUUCCCGGAGUGCCAGGGGGACCCUGGCUCUCGCGAGGAGUUGGCGAAGAAGCACCCCGAGCACGUGGGCAAGGCGGACCUGCGCGUCGCGGUGUCCAACGUCGUCCUCUCCGUGUUGGGAGCCGGCCAGCUGACCUUACCCUACGCUCUGAGCCAGCUUGGCUUGACCUUCGGUGUCGUGUGCCUCGUCGUCUUCGCGUUGCUGUCUGUUUAUCCGCGCAGCUUGUGCCGUGCCGCCGAUCUGAACGGGGUGGGGUUGGCGAGUUCUCCCAGCGCCCUUCACCCCCCAUAA